AACCUUUUUUAUAAAAUUGACCGUGGUUCCAAAGAGUUCGAGGAGUAUGCUUAUGACUUUCACAGGAAGAAAGGUUCCAAUAAUAAGGGUGAUUGUAAAGAAAGCGAAAAGGAGUCUUUAAAGAAGAAGGAUGAUCCUAAAGAAAGCAAAAGGAAUGACAAGUCCAAUGUUAAAACGCUUGAAGUUGUUAGAAAUAGAAGUGUUAUUAAUAUUGUUGACAAAGUGGAGGGUUGCUCUGUUGAGAAAAAGAAGGUUAGGCCUCCCACUUUUAAUCAACUUACGGGUCCUUACCAUGAACCCUUUUGCCUGGACAUUUAUAUAUCAAAAGCAUCUGUUCGUGCCUGCAUCAUCCACCGGGCGACUAGCAAGGUUGUUGCUGUAGCGCAUUCUAUUUCUAAGGAUAUGAAAUUUGAUUUAGGUUCGACCAGAAAUGCAUCUGCUUGUGCUGCCGUUGGAGAAAUUUUAGCUCAGAGGGCAUUGGACGAUGAUAUCCAUGAUGUGAUUUACACACCAAGGAAAGGGGACAGAUUAGAGGGGAAGCUUAAGAUUGUUCUUCAGUCUAUAAUUGAUAACGGUGUAAAUGUGAAGGUUAAGCUUAAACAAAGAAGAACCAAAAGAGCAGCGGAGGCAUCUACAACUUAAAACCGUCUAUUCGGUUGUCUUGGUUCUCUUAUCAAGUCCACUUGAUUAUAUCUUGACUACAUUCUAAACUGUUACAAUGAUUGUAUGAAAUCACUGCCAUGAUGCUGCAAUGUCAGAUCAUAGCAAGCGGUUGCUUGUUCUUUCUCUUCGGGGUAGCAGUAACUUCUAAUAGAUUUCUGCCGACAAAAAGAAGCGAUCAUUGAUACUCAUAUUGUAAUGAAAUGGGUGUUUCCUCCUGUGUCUUCUGGAUUGCAAAGUAGGUGUAAAAGUAAAAAACCUGCCUGGCUUCUCACAUGUUUGGUUAUUUGCGGGUUAGUUGAUGUAUCAGCUGCUUCUUCCAAAGGUUUCUAAUUCAGUUUUCCAAGAUGUUGGGGACUGCAACUUUGUUGCCAAAGUAGAAUUCUGUACAAUCUUAUCUUUUUUUUUUCUGUCUAAUACCAUCUAAUACUUUAGAUUUGAAUAAUACUUAGUGCUGAAAU